CUGCUGUUCACGUGAGACGUCGCGACGACACAGAGACGUGGUCGUCCAAAGCGGGGAGACUCCACCUACAUCUUGCAUAUCACAUAAGGGAACUACAACCUCACACAGAAACAUUGAAAAGACCUCUAUGUGAACGCUGCCACGAUGGCUGUCAACGUGUUUAUUACCAACACCAACGUGAGCAACAUCAGCCGUAACGACAUCCUCGACUGGGUCAACAACAGCCUGAAGGUCAACUACACGAAGGUGGAACAACUCGGUACAGGAGCCGCCUAUUGCCAGCUGAUGCACAUGAUGUGGUCACAUUGCAUACCACUGAGGAAAGUAAAGUUCAACUCUAAACUAGAACACGAGUACGUCAGCAACUUUAAACAACUCCAGAACAGUUUCCACGUGAUGGGGGUAGAUAAGAUAGUUCCGGUGGAUAAAUUGCUGAAAAUGAAAUUUCAAGACAAUUUUGAGUUUGCACAAUGGUUCAAGAAGUUUUUCGAUAUGAAUUAUAACGGGCUGGGAUACGACCCUGUGACAGCACGAGGGGGGAAGAAUGAGGGGGAACCAGUCAACUGGACAGCGCACACUCCAAGGUCAACCAGACAGUCGGAGAAACAAGUGACCAUUACGUCACGCCAACACUCGCACACUAAAGAGGACAGUCACAUCCGGGUCUCCAGCAGACAGCUCGAGGACAUCAAGGACAGUCUCCUGGAGUUGCAGCUGACGAUCCAGACGCUGACGAAGGAGAAGGAGUUCUACCUGAAGAAGCUGCGCGACAUCGAGAGUUACUGCCAGGACCACGAGGACCUCGCCGUCAUUCAGUCUGUCAUGGAGAUCCUGUACGCCACGGAGGUGACUGCCCCGGACAAGUCGGCGUCACGUAGACUAGAGCUGCACUCUAACUCACACAUACCAGUUGCACUGAAGGGUUCGUCGUCCCCGAGUACGACACGGACGACGACGGCGACGGUGAUCAACCAGGACAACAAUGACAUCAACAUCAAUAUCAACAUCAGCAUCGACAAGAACGAAAACGACAACAUCGAGAGCAACGUUGACAUUGAGGGUACCGUCGACCACACAGAGACAAGCGACUUGACUCACAGCAUUGCUACUAGCGACCUGACACAGACUAGUGACACCGACCACACCGUUGACAGUCAGGUGACUCUCAGUGAAAUAUCCGAGCUGGGAGACUUCAGUGACAGCACCGUCCGCACCAGAGACGACAGGACUAGCGACGACGGCGACAUUGACGCCGACAACGACGUCUUCGACCGAGAUAACCUUCCACUUGACAGCGUUAUUUCUACGCGUGACAUUCACGAGGUGGAAGGUGAAACAUGUGACCUUGACCUUGAUACCCAAGGCACAUCUGACGGCACUUCUGACAACCACGCCAACACUUCAAGUGACGUACAUGCUGAUAGUGAUAAAGUGGAUGCCAUUCACGACGUUGACAAUGACGUUGAACCAGACAAAGACGAUACUGACGACAGCGAGGAAGACAUCUUCUACGAUUUCGAUUCUGACCAAUCCAACGCACCAUCGGAAUGAAUGUCGUUCAGCGACCGAACUGUGCCAUGUCCAACCCUAGUCGAGACAUACCAUGCGUUGUAACUGUGGACACGAUACCUUCUUUUUGGUCUCAUUCAUGGUAUAACUUGUAAUGAUGUGGAUAUAUAUGUUUUCCUAGUAAGGGUAAAUGGUGCUUGAUGGGCAUUUCCCAUCACAGUCAACAACUGUUUCAGUCAUAUUACAGCUGGAGUUGUGGAGUCAAUAACCUUGUCCAAGGAUACGGCACAGUCACUUGCAUGAAAUGAUUUGAAUUGCUUAUUAAUAGAUCAGUAUUGCAGGCAUACUUUUUAUUAUGCUCAUGUCUCGAUGUCAAAGAUUAUGGUUUUGCUCACGAAAUAAUCUGUAUUGACGAGGAUGGUCAUAUUGCGGUGGAGACUCUUAUUUUGAGGAUGGGAUUUUUUUUUUACCAAGCAGAAACUUAUGAGCUGUGUGUUUUUACCCCCCUCCCCUCUAAAAACCAAAUGGACCACCCUACGAUGUAUAAUACUCAACAUUGUCGACAACCAUAUCGACUAAUGAAAGAUGGUCGUUUGUUCUGGGUGUUGAAUAUUUUAGCAUACUUGCUGACUUGUGGGGUGGUUUUAAAAGGACUGUAAAAUAAAAGUAGCGGGUCAUCAUGUUCUGUACACGUCUCGCGUCAUCACCUGUCAUGUGCAAGUCUCGAGGUCAUCAUCUCUCCUGCCAAAGUCUCGCGUCACCAUCAUUCUGUCCAAGUCUCGCGCCAUCAUCUGUCCUGUCCAAGUCUCGCGUAUUCUGUCCUGUACAAGUCUCGCGUCAUCUGUCCUGUCCAAGUCUCGCGUCAUCAUCUGUCCUGUCCAAGUCUCGCGUCAUCAUCUGUCCUGUCCAAGUCUCGCGUCAUCUGUCCUGUUCAAGUUUCGCCUCAUCAUCUGUCCUGUCCAAGUCUCGCGCCAUCAUCAUCCUGUCCAAGUCUCGCGCCAUCAUCAUCCUGUCCAAGUCUCGCGCCAUCAUCAUCCUGUCCAAGUCUCGCGUCACCUGCAUCCUGUGAAAGUCUCGCGUCAUCAUCUGUCCUGUUUAAGUCUCGCGUCAUCUGCCUUGUCCAAGUCUCGCGUCAUCAUCUGUCCUGUCCAAGUCUCGCGUCAUCAUCUGUCCUGUCCAAGUCUCGCGUCAUCAUCUGUCCUGUCCAAGUCUCGCCUCAUCUGUCCUGUUCAAGUUUCGCCUCAUCAUCUGUCCUGUCCCAGUCUCGCGCCAUCACCUGUCAUGUACAAGUCUCACGUCACCACCAUCCUGUCCAAGUCUCGCGCCAUCACCUGUCAUGUACAAGUCUCACGUCACCACCAUCCUGUCCAAGUCUCGCGUCAUCAACUGUCCUCUCCCAGUCUCGCGCCAUCAUCAUCCUGUCCAAGUCUCGCGUCACCAUCAUCCUGUCCAAGUCUCGCGUCAUCAUCUGUCCUGUUCCAGUCUCGCGCCAUCAUCAUCCUGUCCAAGCCUCGCGUCACCAUCAUCCUGUCCAAGUCUCGCGUCAUCAUCUGUCCUGCCCAAGUCUCGCGUCAACAUCUGUCCUGCCCAAGUCUCGCGUCAACAUCUGUCCUGUACAAAUCUCACGUCACCAUAAGCCUGUCCAAGUCUCACGUCAUCAUCUGUCCUGUCCAAGUCUCGCGUCACCAUAUAACCACUAUACGCCUAGCUGCCUCAUCCGCCGAGUAGAGAGUCCAGCAUACAAAUAAACAGACGGCUCUUUAUCUCGAAAUACCAUUAUCUUGAAGUGACAAAACAGUCCAAUAAUUUUAUAGGAGGUGGGAAUAAUGUCCUCCUGAAUGGGGGAACCGAAGCAUAAAGUAAACACAAGUCUCAUGCAGAUUGUUACACCAUCCAUAAUACCUGGCGUAUCACUUAGCAAAGUAGCAUUUUUAACACUGCUACCUUUACACGUAGGAUGAAACACACUAUUCAACUGUAUAGAUCUUGCGAAUCUACUUCAAUAUCUAAACCGAGCUAUAAAGAGGGAUCACUUUGUUGUGUGAUGUAUUGAAUGAACGAGAAAGACAAUGUCCUUUCUUCAAAGUCUUUGAGUCACCCAUUAUAGUUAAAGUGACGCUCAGAAUGAAAGUGAAUCAGGCGUUGGUUAUCAGCGAUCAACUAUAAUUGCAUGCAGUCGGCCGUGGCUGUUCGAAUCUAAGUUUGCGCUGCACUGCCGACAUAAUGAGUGAGACAAAGGACGGUAGUGGAUGUUAUGACAUUCUGGUAAUGGUGUUGUGCGUCGGUCUCCAGGAGACGAUGAUUGUGACUUGCAACCCGGUACAUUUGCUGUCUAUUUCUUGCUUAAUUCUGUGUGGAUUUCAACAACAAAAUCAGUGAAUGUAAAAUUGAUGUAAUUCACACUGUGAAAGGCCCAACGGGGAUAAUUGCACUUAUUAGUGUCUACUUUGAUAAAGACCGGUCACUGGCAGCAUGGAGCCGAGCUGGCGCAGCUAUCAUUAUAUUAUAAUGGGGACAGGGAUACGUACGGAAGCCUUUUAGGGCCAUUUUUUUCGAUACUAUCUUAAAAUUUCAAGAUACUUAGUUGAAAUUUCCAAAUGGCCCUAAAUGGCUUCCGUAGGAUCUUGAAUUUUCAAGAUUAUUCACUUCAAACGUAUUUUUACAUCUUAGGAUGUUAACUUUUUAUCUUGAAAUUUCAACUUAGUUUCUUGAAAUUUCAAGAUAGUAUCGAAAAAACCAAAAAAAACCCAAAUGGUCCUAAAAGGCUUCAGCAGUUUUCAGAAAUGUUCAAGUGCUUUCCAUAACACGUGAAAAUCAUUACAUGUGCGUGAAUGUAAAUAUGUCUUGUAGGAUAUCACUCGUCUAGCUUAUUUGUACACGCCAUACAACCGUCAGACAUCGACUCGUCAGGUAAUGCAGGACAACUGCAAGUGGUAUCGGAUUCUGUUAAGCCCAAGUCAAGAUGUAGUCAUUGCACCCACACGGAUAUUUCACAAGGCAUAGCUAUGUAUUUCAUUUGCUUGGCAAGGUGCUACAAAUAUUUUCGAUUUUCUAUAUUUGUAGUAGUUUAGAACACUCUGCCAGAAUGACGACCUUGUGUAUCCAUGAUUAUAUUAUCCCCAUGUAGAGUAAUUUAUGACGUAUGUCCCCAGAUUUGUAUAGUUAUGCAUGUAUUUAAAGAAAGUAAAAAAGGCUCUUGUAUAUUGCAUUAUCAGUCAUAUUUUUUCAAUAAAAUAUUUCCGAUUA